UUAGUUGUGCAAUGGCCGAUGAAAUAACACAAGUUAAAGACGAAGGACGCAAAAAAGCCCUGAUGCGGUUUUUCAGCGUCGAUUCCGACAUCAACGUGACCCCGAAUCUCCAGCCGUCCACGUUUAAUUUCUAUAGUAAAGAUUUUUGUUUAAAGAUUGCUCAACUGCUAAUUGCCAUUAUUUGUGUGGGAUUGUACACCCAAGGAAUAACGAUCUCGGCCGAGACUGUGGUGUUUGCCUGUUUCCCGAACGUUGUUUUCGGCAGUUACAUAAUUAUCACUGCUGUUAUUAUAAUAAGCUAUGUUUUCGAACAAGCGAUGCCUAACGUAAUUGUUAGAGUUUUCCUAUCGGUUGGGAUGAUUCUGUAUUUCAUUUCCGCCACUGUGACCACAACGAUCUGGUGUAGCACUGCGUUCCGCGACUCGGGGUUGGGACUUCCCAAAGCCCUUCUUUUGCUCCAAGCUUUGCUAAGUUACGUAAACUCGCUGCUCUAUGGCCUAGACCUGGUUUAUAACAUCCAAAAAGCGGUGGAAUUCCAAGUUGAAGGGCCAAACCCUAAUUGAUUUAUACCGAAAAAAUGACGUAACAGAUAUUUUGUAUUGUAUGUGCC